CUCCAGUGGCUUUGAAGCAAGUUACCGAAUUGAUGGUGAGUAAUCGUUCUUUUUUUUUUUUUGAUUUAUUGCAAACUUAAAAGAAAUGUACUUGUUUUACUAAAACACUUUUGAGAGAGUUGCAUUGGCUGCCGGUCCGCGCUCGCAUAGAGAACAAAAUUGCAACUCUGUGCUAUCACUGCUUGCUUGACCUUGCACCGUCCUCUCUCAAAGCGCUCAUGAAGACGUAUGUACCCACUAGAAAUUUCCGCUCAUCCGAGAGUGGUAAACUCUCGAGACCGCGUAUUCGCCUUGAGACUUACGGAAGGCGCACUUUCGAAUUUGCUGGCCCAACAAUUAUGACUACACUUCCUGUCGCUCUCAGAAAGAGCCAGACACUGGAGUCUUUCAAAACCGAUUUGAAAACACAUCUAUUUCGCAAACACCUGCUGGGGUGAUGUUGUCUACCAACUUUUCCAGCUAGCUAUUAUCUCAUAGAUGUAUAUAGGCCUGUGUUGGUUAUGGUUGCAAGGGAUGAAAGACUAAUUAGAAUGGGUUUUCUCGUAUGUAGUUUUUGUAAUGUUGCGUUUUGUAUUUAAAUGUGGUAAAAUAUAGAUGUUUUCAUUUCUAUUUACUGUGGUUGACUUUUUGCCGUUCUUCGAGCCUUUGGGGAUGAAGCGUGAUUUUCAAAUAAACUUUAUUAUUAUUAUUAUUAAGUAUAAAAGAUAAAACAUUUUUUUAAUUAAAAAAAAAACUUGUCCAAAAUGUACUAAAAGUAUAGAACAACCUAAUAAAAAGAGUAUAAAAAGUGUACUUUAGCAAUUCAGUGGUUUUUAACCUAUUCCACUCACGGAGUCCUUCAAUUAUAUAUANUUCAAUUAUAUAUAUAUAUAUAUAUAUAUAUAGAGAGAGAGAGAGAGAGAGAGAGAGAGAGUGGGAGGAAGAGCCCUUUUUGUCCACUCUGUCUUAAAAGUGAAUGGUUUUGUCUUAUUUCCUGGAAGGGCCAUGGGGCCCCUGAGAACUGUGUGCUAAACCCAUAGGGCUCCACGUAGCAGCGGCUGGGAACCAAUGGGUAAAUCAUCUAAACGUGAAACCACACCUGCUACUGCUAGUAUCGAGGUUUUCCUUACAGCCAUACUUAAUAUACAAUAGAAUAAUUUGUGUAGGUGCCAAUGAAAUAAACCACACCAUCGCCUCACGAACACAAAAGUGCGUGACCAGUGAAUUAUAAAUUCAAGUCAAGAAAAAAAAAUCGAACCUUGCCACAAUAAAAUUGAUUAAACAUUUGUAUGCUCAAGUCAAUAAAAAAAAGAGUCUACUUUUUAAUUUGAUUGAGUUAAUCCGUCAUCAUUUAUGUACAUAAUCCACAUCUCAGACAGGCACAUGAUACACAUCUGAGACAGACUAUGUACAUGAGGCACAUCUCAGACAGGCUCUGCAAAUAGUGCAAAUCUAAGACUAUGUACAUAAUGCACAUCUCAAACAGACUAUGUACAUAAUGCACAUUUCCAACAGACUAUGUACAUGAUGUACAUCUCAAAGCAGACUAUGUACAUAAUGCAUAUCUCAGAGAGACUAUGUACAUACGGCACAUCUCAGACAGAAUAUGUACAUAAGGCACACCUCAGACAGAAUAUGUACAUAAGGCGCACCUCAGACAGACUAUGUACAUAAGGCACACAUCAGACAGGCUAUGUACAUAAGGCACACCUCAGACAGACUAUGUAAAACUCUUAAUGUUAACUUUACAAAACAUAAAUAUACAUUUUCAUUGAACUACGAAACAAAUCCGUUUUUCCUCUCUUUUUUUUCGGUUUAAAUAUCGGGUAUCAUGAAUUGUGUUCGUCAGUCCAGAUGGACAGCGUGUACGAAGCAGUCCUAUAGGUGCAUGCAUGACUCAAAUUAAGUUUGGUAAACACUGCUGAACAUAUAGAUAUAUAUAUAAAUUACUCACUAAGGACAUUAUUUAGAUAAACAGUUCUAUUUAUAGCGAUGACAAUAAUGAGAAUGAUAUUUACAUUUCAUGUGAGCUAUGUGUUGUUGUUUUUUAUAAAUAACAGUGUUGACCUAUUUAAAAUUUUGGAAUGACUGUCAAUGACAUACCAUCUAGUCCAACUUGUGACUUUUUAUCGGACAGUCAACUUAGGUGACAGUCUAGGACAGACCAUCUGGUCCAACUUGUUACAUUUUCUAUCACAUUUUGUGUUUUCUUCACCUGAUAAUUAUACUAAAUUAACUAAUGCGUCAUUUCAUGGCAUCAAAGUUAAUGGAAAGCGGGAAUUGGAGAUAAUCAUUGGCGUAGGAAGGUUGGGGGGUGGGAGGGGGGCUGGUGUGACGCUUUUUUCUUGAGAUGGCAUUUUCGGCUAACAGCCCAGUUUUUUUUCUUGGGAAAGGGGAGGAAAAAGUUUCUGUCCGUCCCGGAUGGCAGUAGCCCCAGUUACGCCCCCGGAGGCAAUGGAGAUAUUGUCAGACUGUCUGUCAGUGUGUUGUUAUAUUUCUAUGUCAUAUCAGUUACGUAUUUAUUACAUUACCAUAUACGUUAUUAGGCCUUUAUCCAUUGAUGUUCACCUAUUAGUUUUCAGCUCUUAAAGUCAGUCAGUGUGAACUUAUUGUUCUCAUCUCUGAUGUAGAUUAUUGUUAUGAUUGUUUUAUUCAGUCUUUAGAUUUAUGUAUAUUUCUGAUGCUAUGUUUAACAGUUUAUUCGAGUUUUAAAAUAGUUAAUCAUUUGAUCACUAAUUUACUUAUUAUACAGUGUCUUAUCAGUAGUGCAACUAAAAAUUCUAAAUUUAUUACAUUUUUAAACAACAUUUCCCUUAAUGUAAACUUGACCAUAAAUGCUCACAAUGUGCAUGUUUUGUAGAAUUACUUGCUUGUUACAACAUAUUGUUGCACACCACACACAGACACACGAUAAUUUGUGAUUUUAAAAAAAAUAAAUGUCACAGUCAAUAAUAAUUAUACAAGAUAAGAAACAUUCAGAAUAUAUUGCAAAUAAAUCAAUAGAUUAUAUCAUAGAUUGCCGAACAAAACUGACAGAACCAUCCGGUGACAUCGUGAGCCCUGGAUAUCCCUACCAAUACAGUCCAUUCUUAAACUGCACUUGGACGAUCAUUGCUGAUACUGACAGACUGAUAUUUUUCAGGUAACUUGUAUAUUUGUGUUUAUUCUCACGCUUAAUCAUGCGUCUAAAUACAAGUUGGUGUGUAUUCUCUCUUUUAAUCCUUGUGUGUAUGUGCAUGUUUCAAGAGUAAUUGUCUACAGACCUAUUCGAGUAUCACUGUGCACGAUCUUCCAAUCUAUAAUUUGCAUGGUAAUUAUGUCACUAACCACUCGUGUUGAAAUAAGACAUGCACAACUGGAAAGGAUUUGGACUGGAUUUGCAUAACACUCAUCAGUGUCAGAUUAACUUAGGGACAAGUUAGGCACAUGACUAUGAGUCCGACGCCUGUUAGGAACACCCGACACAUUAGAUAGAAAAUGGUUUCAAAUUAUUAAUAAUUUAUAUUUAUUUAUUUUUUUUUUAUUAUUUUUUUUCUGUUGCGCUGGGGAGGGGUGCGAUGAACGUACUUUUUCUCCAUUUGUAUGCAGCCCAUUACGGUAGCCAAUGAAAGCAAGGCGAGCUCGUAGAAUCGAUAUCAAAAAUAUGAUGCUACAUUCUUGUUAAAUUUGCAUAAUAAAUUUUGAGUUUUUAUGUUCACUUAAAAUUGUCUUUGUUUUCAGAAUAUUGAAUAUCGAACUGUACGAAGCUGAUGCGUUCUGCAAUCACGACCACCUGAAAAUUUACGACGGUCCCAACAGAGAGGCAGACCUUCUCGGUACAUACUGCACCUACCCGCCAACCCCAUCCGUGGUAGUCUCCACCUCUAAUGCCUUAC